AUGACAGGUCUAGCCUUAUAUGCGUUUAAGCAACUAGUCAAACGAGCUGCGUCGGAUGAUUUAGACGACUCGCCAGAUACACCCGCAGUUGGAGACGACCCGUUGGAAGAUUCAAACCCAGUUGAAAAUGAAAUUUUCUCAUCGUGGGCUUUGUUUAUCUUGUUGUUAUUGUUGAUGUUGGCACUAUGGUCGUCAUACUUUUUACAGCAGAGAAGAAUAAAAGCCAUCCAUGAGACAGUGUUGUCCAUCUUUUGUGGUAUGAUUGUGGGAUUAAUCAUUAGACUCAGUCCCGGGCAUUACAUACAAGAUGCAGUCAAGUUCAACCCAGGAUACUUUUUCAAUAUUUUGUUGCCCCCCAUCAUUUUAAACAGUGGGUACGAACUACAUCAGGCCAAUUUUUUCAGAAAUAUCGGAAGUAUAUUGACAUUUGCCAUACCGGGAACGUUCAUUUCAGCAAUGGUUGUAGGGGUGAUUGUGUACAUAUGGACUGCAAUUGGGUUGGAUGGAGUGAAAUUGGAAUUUGUCGACGCUUUGGCUGUGGGGGCUACAUUAUCCGCCACCGAUCCAGUAACCAUUUUAUCCAUUUUCAACGCUUACAAAGUUGAUCCAAAGUUGUACACCAUUAUUUUUGGUGAAUCUUUAUUAAACGAUGCUAUAUCCAUUGUCAUGUUUGAAACUUGUCAAAAAUUUCAUGGCCAGCCUGUCAAGUUUUCUUCUUUUUUUGAAGGUAUUGGCUUGUUCUUGAUGACUUUUACCAUCUCAACCAUCAUUGGGAUGGCAAUUGGUAUACUAGUAGCAUUGAUUUUAAAGCAUUCGCAUGUGCGGAGGUACCCUCAGAUUGAAACGUGUUUGGUGUUGUUGUUCGCCUACCAGUCAUAUUUUUUCUCAAACGGAGCUCACAUGUCAGGUAUCGUCUCGUUGCUAUUCUGUGGUAUCACAUUGAAACAUUAUGCUUACUACAACAUGUCAAGACGUACACAAAUUGCAACAAAAUACAUUUUCCAAUUGCUAGCCCAAUUAUCAGAAAAUUUCAUAUUUAUUUACCUUGGAUUGUCUUUAUUUACCGAAGUUGAGCUUGUUUUUAAGCCAUUGUUGAUUAUUGUGGCAUUUAUAUCCAUCUGCGUUGCAAGGUGGUCAGCAGUGUUUCCAUUAUCAAGGUUCCUCAACUUCCUAUACCGCGCAAGACUUGAGAAAUACAGUGGUAUCUCAAACAUAAACUCCAAUGGAAGCUUGUCGUUGAAUGUGCCGGACGAGAUUAGCCAUUCUUACCAAAUGAUGAUCUUCUGGGCUGGGUUGAGAGGAGCAGUUGGCGUUGCCUUGGCUAUGGGUUUUGGCGGCGAUGGAAAAUGGACCUUACUUGCCACCGUGUUGGUGGUUGUUGUACUCACAGUCAUUUUAUUUGGAGGUACAACGGCUUCGAUGUUGGAGAUUUUGGGUAUCAAAACGGGCUGCAUUGAUGAAGCAGCAGAUUCAGAUGACGAGUUCGACAUUGAGGCACCAAGACUCCCGCUGCAGUCAAAUUUCACUUCACAACAGAACAUUUUAGGAAAUAGAAGGUUUAUGAAGUCGCAAUCGAAAGUUGCGCCAUUCAGAGAUAGCACUUCAAACAACUCCUCAGCAGUUAAUCUACUUGACAAUGAAUCAAACUCGAAUAUAGUCAAUGGCGGCGAUGACGAAGAGGAAUUGAUUGGCAGUGAUGUUGACGAGUUCAGAUCAGACACUUUAGCGUCACCAACACUUGGUAACACAAGCACAAACGUUGAUAGAGGGGUGCUAGGUGCUAUUCUCAGUGCCGAAGAGCACGCCAGGUGGUUCACCAGAUUUGAUGAGGAGGUUCUAAAGCCGGUUUUAUUAGACACGGUACCUGGUAUCCAGUCCAGUGCAAACAAUAGUAGUACAAACUUGAGUGGGGGUAGAAGAGAUUGA